AACUAACUAUGAAUAAUUUGUCCUCAAAUGUUCAAACCAAAGAUCCAUUAAGAUAAUUUUUGGAGGAAACUGAAACUGUAUAUAUCACACAGUUCACUCUUUAAAACUUAAAUUAACAUAUGCCUUUUAAGCUUUUUUGUUGUAUAAUAGCAUGUAUAUACAUAAAAAAGACCCACAUGAAAGACUGGAUAGAUGGGUUCAGUGUUUAAAAGUGAAUGUUGCAUUUGCAGAGGACCCUAGUUCAGUUCCCAACAUCCACAUUGUGGGGCUUACACCUACCUGUAACUCUAGCUCCAGGGGGAUCCUCUAUUCUCUAUAGGUUACUGUAUUCACCACACACAAACAAUGAAAAAUAAUAAAAUCAGGCACAAUAGUGCAUGGCUGUAAUCCCAGCACUCAGGGAGGCAGAAGCAGGUGGAUCUCUUUGAGUUUGAGGCCAGCCUGGUCUACAAAGCAAGUCCAGGACAGCCAAGGACACAGAGAAACCCUGUCUCAAGAAAACAAAAUAAAAAAAGCAAUUCAUGAUGACCAAUAAACUGGACACAGCAAUGUGGCUUUCUCGCUUGUUCACAGUUUAUUGCUCCGCCUUGUUUGUUCUGCCUCUUCUUGGGUUGCAUGAAGCAGCAAGCUUUUACCAGCGUGCUUUGCUGGCAAAUGCUCUCACCAGUGCUCUGAGGUUGCACCAAAGAUUACCACACUUUCAGUUAAGCAGAGCAUUCCUGGCUCAGGCUUUGUUAGAGGACAGCUGCCACUACCUGUUGUAUUCACUCAUUUUCGUCAAUUCCUACCCCGUUACAAUGAGUAUUUUCCCAGUCUUGUUAUUUUCUUUGCUUCAUGCUGCCACAUACACUAAGAAGGUCCUUGAUGCAAAGGGUUCAAAUAGCUUGCCUCUGUUGAGAUCAUUCUUGGAUAAAUUAAGUACUAACCAACAAAAUAUUCUGAAAUUCAUUGCUUGUAAUGAAAUAUUUUUGAUGCCUGCUACAGUUUUUAUGCUCUUUAGUGGCCAAGGAAGUUUGCUUCAGCCUUUUAUAUACUACAGAUUUCUUACUCUUCGAUAUUCCUCUAGAAGAAAUCCAUAUUGUCGGAACUUGUUCAAUGAACUGAGGAUUGUUGUUGAGCACAUUAUAAUGAAACCCUCCUGCCCACUGUUUGUGAGAAGAUUGUGUCUCCAGAGCAUUGCCUUCAUUAGCAGACUGGCACCAACAGUUGCGUAGUUUAACAUCUAGUUGAGCUGUGUGUAGGAGAUAGCUGGUAAUGCAGAUAGUGGUCUCACAUUACAGGUCUAACACUGACCUCAGUCCAAGUUACGUGAUUUACAUACAUGCAUCUCUGAAAAAUAAUAAUUUUCCUGGCAUGUUAAAUCAAGCCUUUAACACUUUCUGAGAAAAUUUUAUUGUACAUUAUUGUUUGUGGUUAUAUAAGUGUGUAUUUAGUGAUAAAUGUUACUAAAUUGUUUUAGAUGCUGCUAUGUCUACAUCAUGAAAUACAUCUUUUUCUUUUAAAACGAACUCUGAAAUUUGUUUCACCAUAACUAUUAACCCAGGUUAUGUCUGGAAUGAGUUCAUUAUAGUAGUAAUGAGUUUAGUAUAUUUUGAGACAGUAUUUUUCUAUUCAGUGACUUUGAUUGAUAUUUUAACAGAAACACAUCCCCCUGCAGUUUCAUUUCACAUUCUGCUGGUCUUCUGUUGCUUUGCUAGGACUGGUGUGUUUAGCCUUUACUAUCACAAGGGAAAUUUCUGUAUGCAUUUUAUGACCUGUCAAGCUUUCAUUUCCAUUAACACAUCUGUGACUUUGAAUAGUGUCUGAAAACUGUAAACCUGUUUUGGAUUAGAUCUUUGGGGUCAUAUAACCAUUUACUAUAGAAGGUAGUAGUGACACAGAGUUCCUUUCAGAGACUGAGUAACUUUUACAAAUGUCGUCAGAUAAAUUAUCAGUGUUGCUAUAGUUUGUAGAAUUACAAAGUUCUAGAUUCUUGACUCUAGUUUUCUUGGUUUCUUAGGCUUGACACUUCCUAGCCAUAUGCAGCAGUUCAGAUGCCUUUGAAAGGAUGUGGUCGAAGACUAAGCAUGUGAUUACACUUGUAUGUUCUGAAAUAAUGAAGACUGUUCUGUAGAUUACAUGUUUAUGCAGCAAAUAUGAUUGAAAAGGUUAAAUGGAAAGGUUUAUGGGUAAGGUAAUUAAUGGAGAAUGGGUCUUGGGAGCAGUUGAGGGGAAGUGAUGGGUAUUUCUUCCUGGUUUGGGGGGCUUGGAUGUACAAGGCAUCUGAUAGGAGCUGUAUAAUAUGUUCAGUUCUUUUAAUUGAGUUCUCAUCAAUUCCUUUGUAAAAGCCAUUCUGAUCCUUCUUACAGUUGCAUGAUUGGAAAUACUUAAAACUGCAUAAUUUUAGUAUAGAAAAAUGUAAUGUGGCUUUUUUUGUACUCAGUUCUCUUCUAUCUGCAUGUAAUUUGGACUUCUCAAAUACAUUCAUUAGCAACAUCAGUUUUCUUUUUGUUUAAGUUCUUAAUCUAUAGAAAGGUGAUUGUUUUAGGGUAGAUUUCAGAAAAUACAACUUGAUAGCUUAGCUAUAAUCAGCUACUUUUAUAUUUUUGUAAUAUUUAUCCACCAAGUUGUAGAAGCAACCUCAUAAUAGCCAGUUGAUUUUUUUAUGUGUGUAUCUAGCCUCCUUAUCACUAUGUAUGUAAUUUGAUGGUUUUAAAAAAUACAACUUUGUAGAGCAAUAAAAUGAUUAUAAUGUUAUGUAAAUGUAACUGAUUUCUAAAGAUGUUUUAAAACAGUGUCUUGAAUGACAUCAAGUGCUGGCAGCUAAAGGCAUAUUUACUUUGAAAUGUUUUUUUCUCCUACAUUUUUUUGGAAUAUUUUAAAUUUAUAAGUGGUUCAGAAAUAGUGCUGAGAGUUCCCAUGUACCUUUUAUACCUAUCUGUUUUUAUAUUAGCAUCUUCUUUUGGUGGGACAUUUAUGCAAAGUAAGAUAAUAACUGGAUUAACUAAAGUACAAGGUUUAUUUGGAUUUCAUCAAUUUUUCCAUUUGUUUUAUAUGUAUGCUGCAUUUGAACCUAGAUUGCCUUUUAUGUUUCAGGGUGUAUUAGUGACUUUUUGUUCUUUAUAAUAUUUUAUAACUUGAACAUUACUAGAUAGAUGUUAGUUUGCAUGAAGUUAUAGUUAGAAAUAAUCACUUCUGUGAAUAUGUACAAUCGGCUGGUCUUGAAUCUGAAAUUAGUGUUUCCAUAUGCACCUAUCAAAAUAUAGGAAAUGUAAUAGUGCAUAAAGUAGAUGUAGCAGGAGACACAACACUUUUUGCAUAACUAAACAGUCUAAAGGAAGUUGAAUUUUUACCCAGAAUAUCUAGUCCUUUAGGAACAGUGCUGUUGCUUAUUAAGCCCCAUUAGACAGAUGGAAGCUUCAUAUAAAUCCUUUUGAUUUCUAGUGAGCAUUCUGUAUUUCUGUUAUAUACUUCAUCUCUCACUGAGUUGCUGUAUUUUCAUAUUAAGCCACAGAGCAAUUUCUUAAGUACAGUUUGUAUUUAAGCUGCCUUGAAAUAACGUUUUACUAAAGUAGAUGCUUUUGGAAGAAAAAUAAGAAAGCUAAUUUUAAAAAUUAAAUUUAGAUACUUACAUAUAUCCUUUACAGAGAAUGUCAAGGCAAGCUGCUAACAAAUAAGUUCUGGAAAACUAAAGGAUUCUGUUAAGUAAGAAUUGCAAGCACGGUGGCACACACCUGUAAUCCCAGCACUCUGGGAGGCAGAGGCAGGCAGAUCUCUCUGAUUUUGAGGCGAGCCUGGUCUACAAAGUAAGUCCAAAACAGCCAGGGCUACACAGAGAAACCCUGUCUUGAAAAAAAAAAAAAAAGAGAGAGAAUUGCAACAUCCAAAGAUCUGGACAAAAAAAUUGAGUUAGGUUUGUAAGUUUAGUGAAUAUCCUAGAUCCUGGAGAGGAAAAUGAAAGACAAAUAGAACUUAGGUUGAGUUCUCUAAAAGCAUUUCAGAUGAGAAAGUGGUAAAAGAUUGUGGUUACAACAAACACUUAACUAUUGUUGUAUUGGAACUUUUAUUGACCCAGGGAAAAUAUAGCUAUGGACAGUUAUGGCAAUCAGUGGGUGUCACUCUCUCCGUGGGUAGUACCCAUUUUCACAGGCUAUGUUAGAAGGUUAGAUGCUGUGCUACUGAAAGUGCUUAGCUGACAGAACACUAAGUAUCUUAAUUUUAUGACCCCAUUAAUUCAAUAGUGGACAAAUACUUGGUAAGUAUUUAUUGUGAAUGCUGGGAGGUGGGACUGGAGAUUGAACCCAGGGCCUCUUGUUCUACCACUGAGCUAUAUUCCCAGCUUAUGAGUACCAUUUUAUAAUAAUAAAAUAUUCAAAAGAAGUACACUGUUAAUAUGAGCCAGUAAAAUGGGACACAGUUGGGAGUGGCAUGCAUGUUAUUGUCUCAUCUUUUUAUUUUCAGCCCCAGUCACCUGACUGCAUAAAGAUUAUUCUCUCCCUUUUUCAGAUGUAGAAAAAUUGAUAGGUUUUUUUUCUCAUCUUACAUAGAGAGAUGGGAUUUUUUUUUUCAUGAUUUUUUUUUGUAGGUACACUAAGGUAGAAUCAGGUUAACUACAAUUGAGAUUUUCCCUGUAAUAUGAAAGCAGCUAACAGUUUGGAUUCUAUUAGCAGGAGUGCUACCUGGUUUUGAAAAUCAGUUGUAGUUUACAAAGACAAGUUUUUCUUAUCACCGCUCGAAGAUUCGCAGUGUUGGGGUAGUUCAGCACUGGCAGCGUGGUGUAGCGUAGCAGGCAGCGUACUCUGGGCACCGCAUACCUGUAGGUCUGGAAUUGUUGCUCAGCAGUUCUUUAGUGCACAACUAAAGAACUGCUUUUAUAGUUUGGCUGCAAAGCCAUUCUUGGAGCUGUGUCAAGGAUGUCAGUGGAGCUGCUGCGAAUUUGGAAGGUUUCCUGUAAUUAUUUAAUCAAUGAGAUUCUUGUGCUUUGAGAUGGCACUGAAGUGGCUUAUUGGGAAUGGACUCGUUCUUGGGUGAAGGGUUCUCUGUGGUCCCCUUUUAGCGCUGCACAUGCCAUAUAACUGACCCACGCUGAGUUUUGAGUUGGUAGUGACAAGACAAAAUGCAGUAUUCUUUGUAUCUGAAAUGGACUUUUUUUUUUUUUCCUUAGAAAACCAUAGGGAAAAGAUGACUGACAGCUGUGUUUGCCAGAGUCUUCUAACAGUUAGCUUUUGUAGGGGAAUGACGGGCCCAAGAAUCAUUUCAUUUUUUCCUCCCUCCUUCCCUCUCUCUCUCUUCUUUCCUUCCUUCCUCCCUUCCACCCCCAAGACAGGGUUUCUAUGUGUAGACUAGGCUGUUCUUGAACUCAGGGAUACUCCUGCUUCUGCCUCCCAUCCUUUCUGGUUUUCUAAAGCGAUAUUUUAAAAAUAGUCUUAUCAUUUUUUUGAAACUAACCUUCUUGAGCAUAACAUUUAAUUCCAAAUGUUUACUGUUCUUUUUUGUAACUUGGGGAACAAUUCCUUUUGACAUUAGUUUUUGUCUACAUGUAUCUGUAAGUUGAGACCAAAAGAGCAAAAGCUUGGGCAGGGAACACUUGCGAUGUGUAUAUAUUGGAACAGAUAUACAAGGAUUGCAGAGAUUAGAAAUAGUCAUAAGAACCGCUUGAUUGAUAAAUGCAUCGCUUCUGGUGCUUAAUAAAAAUUGGAUAUAUUGAACUAAAAAAUUUCUAUGAACAGUAUGUCAGCAUUUCUUACUAACUUCUCUUGAGUCCAUUUUUAAUAUAUUGUACAGUUUGGGGAGUUAUAUACUCUGCAAGCCAAUAUUAUCCAAGCUAUAAAUUUAUAAAAUAAAUUGAAAAAUUCAUCAUUCUCUUGUAUUCAAGACCAAAGCAUAUAAUGCUAAUGUAGGCCUCAGAGGGGAAAUAUAGUUCUCCUGCAUAUUUGAGAAAAUGUGAAGUCCUUUCAGGAAAAUGUAAUAAACAUAAUAAUCAGAGCCUGCUGACACCAAGGAAAAAGGGCCUCAUUCGCUCUUUCUUCUAUGCAGCGAUUUACUGGUCCCUGCUGAUUUUCAAAUUGGAUCACUGUAGUAAAUUAUCCAUGCUGGUACCUAUGAAAGUAAGCCCUAGGAUCCGUACUUGUUUUGUGUUCUGCUUAAAUCAGCAAGAAUGAUAAAUUUGAUGCUGUGAAAUUGGAAGUAUCUAGGGCUUUCUUUGGUGACUGAGCAAAGUCAUGUCUCCACCUGUAAUUUAUUGUGACUCCUUUUCACUGUAUGUGCUUUGUAUGUCUAGUAUUUAUUUCAAUACAAAUUAAAUUGUUCUUCCUUCAUCUAUAAUGUUAUAACUAACAUUUUAUUGAUGUAAAGUCAAAUUGUGUAAUAAAAGUCUUCCUGGAUUUAA